AUGCGUGCUGAGGAGGAACUCUUCAACAUGUUGGACGACUGCAGCCGCGUUGUGGACAAAAUGAACCGGAAGAAAACCUUGGAAGAGGACCUCUUAAAGACUCCCCUCAACCGAUGCCUCACGACCUUCGACCUGACUCUGUUUGGCAUAAGCCAAAUGGUAGGAGCCGGCAUUUUCGUUCUCACGGGUACAGUCAUAAGGGACAAGGCUGGUCCAGGGGGCAUCCUCUCUUACCUCUUCGCCGGAGUAGCGGCUGUGCUUUCCGCCUUGUGCUACGCCGAGUUCGGUGCCCGAGUCCCGAAAGCUGGUUCCGCCUACACGUACACUUACAUCAUCAUCGGGGAGUUUUGGGCCUUUUUAGUCGGAUGGAAUAUAAUUUUGGAAUACCUCAUUGGUGCAUCUGCCGUGGCUCGAGGACUAAGCGGUUCAUUCGAUGCGUUGUCCAAUUAUAAGAUUAGUAACUGGACUUCCAAGCACAUAGGGACAAUGCCUGGUGAGUGGUUGAGCGACUACCCCGAUUUCGUUUCGUUUUUCUUGGUAAUUUUGGUGAGCUGUUUGGUAGCUUGCACUGGUGCUAAGAAAUCCGUUGUCGUCAACAGCGUUUUUACAAUCGUAAAUGUGGUCGUCAUCGUCUUCGUCGCUGUGCUGGGAUUCUGUUACGCUGACCCGACGGUUUGGGAAGAGGGCGGGUUCCUCCCUUACGGCAUGGGUGGAGUAUUCGGUGGUGCUGCAGCUUGUUUCUAUGCCUUUAUUGGAUUCGACGCGAUCUCUAUCGCCGGUGAAGAGGCAGCUACUCCUGGGAGAUCUAUUCCCAUUGCCACCAUGUUGUCCGUUGUUGUCUGCACGGUUCUAUACGUGUUUGCAACGAUGGCAUUGACUCUGCUUGUCCCAUAUGAUGAGCUUUCCGCCAGUGCACCAUUCCCAGUUGCUUUUGAUAUCCGUGGAUUGAAAUGGGCAAAAAUCGUCGUGUCCAUAGGUACCAUAAUUGCCAUGUUUACUGCUCUUUUAGUGGACCUCUUCGCCCUUCCAAGGACAGUUUAUGCGAUAAGUUCGGACGGCUUGUUCUUUGAAGCUUUUUCUCGCAUUAAUGAGAGGACACAAACGCCAGUGCUGUCUAUCAUGGCGUUUGGUUUUCUGGCCGCCCUGUUGGCUCUGUUCUUUAGCAUAGAUACUCUAGUUGAGUUCCUCUCUAUUGGAACCCUGCUUGCGUACACCAUAGUGGCCGCCGCCGUUAUAUUCAUCCGGUAUCAGCCGCUUAGUAAAUGCCAGUUCGCUCUUAAACCAGACCCAACGGACGACAACCUUAAAGAGGUGGAGACGCCUGAAGGAGCUAGGCUGGUGUAG